AUGAGCGGUUUGCUUACCAAUCACUUGAAUGGCGGGAAAUGGAGUCAGGAGGAGGAAGCCUAUGCGGAGGCGCUGAUCCUAGCCUUCAAAGCGGGAGAGAUUCCUGUUGGGGACAUUGAAGAAGGAACAAGUCUAAGGAAGUUUCUUGCUGAGAAGCUCCUUUGUUCUCCCAAGCGAGUGUCAAAGAAGUACGAAGGAACCAACUACAAUGGCAAGCAAGUUUACAUGAAGAAGACUGGGGUAUCACCAACCUCACCAACUGCCAUUGCGACGAAGGCCAGGCUGGAAGUACUGGAACGCAAGUUUCGAGAUGCCUUAGCUACGAUGCAAAAGACGGGUUCCAUUGCA